GCCAGGACACCUCACAAAGCCCUGGUAGCGCUCAGGAUUCUCCUGAUUGGCUGGCGACUAUUCUCCAAGAGCCUAUGGCCUGGAACUGAGUUUUGCUGCCUGGCACCAGGUGUCUCGGAGCUCCUUCCGUCGCGGCUCCUCAUUGGCUGUCGUGGCGCAAAGCCUUAGAGAGUGUGCACUUCGUCCCGCUGGAGGGCGACCAGACCUAGACGACGACGACGACGACGACGACGACAACAGUGCUGUCGGCCCCUUGACCAGGACAGGACUCAGUCUUCCCUGAAGAUCUGUUCUGUGUCUCUGCCCGGGUUUCUCUUGGAGCUCUGCAUCUCUGCAUCUCUGCAUCUCUGCAUCUCUGCAUCUCUGCAUCUCUGCAUCUCUGCCUGGACAGAGCUCUGAAGGUAAGCCUCACGAACAUGCGCAGUGUGCAGACCUUCUUAGGGACCGCCGGAGGACGGGUGCCUAGCUUCUGUGUCUCUGGUUAUCUCCCAAUUCAGUUCCAAUAGCCGGUCGUCUUACUAACUGGGCUUUUUGCAUCCACAUUUGCCACACCCUUGUCCAAAUUCCUACUCUUCAAUGGUGCCGGAAAUCUUCGUGUUCUCAAAAAUUCAGAUUGAGCUCCGAACGGGGUUGGUGCAGAGCGUGAAGCCCGCAGCGAAGAUGUUCUACUAUCCUAACGUGCUUCAGCGCCACACAGGCUGCUUCGCCACUAUCUGGCUGGCGGCCACCAGAGGCAGCCGUUUGGUGAAGCGUGAAUACCUGAAAGUGAACGUAGUAAAGACCUGCGAGGAAAUCCUGAAUUAUGUGUUGGUAAGAGUGCAACCUCCGACGCACGGGCUGCCCCGCCCCCGUUUCUCCCUCUAUCUCUCCGCCCAGCUUCAGAUUGGUGUGAUAAGGGUCUACUUUCAACAGUGCCAGUACCUUGUGGAAGACAUCCAGCAUAUUCUAGAGCACCUAAACCGCGCCCAGCUGCGGAUUCGAAUUGAUAUGGAGGAGGCUGACCUACCUAGCUCGCUUCUUCCCAACUGCCUGGCCAUGAUGGAGACGCUGGAAGAUGCCCCAGAGCCCUUUUUUGGGACGAUGUCUGUGGAGCCCAGUCUUCCCAGUCCUUUUGAUAUUCCUCAGAUUCGACACCUUUUAGAGGCUGCAACCCCGGAGAAAAUUCGUAAGGAGACCCUUCCUGAAGCCACUCCAGAGCCCAGGAAGCCUGACAGGACCUUGGCCACCGUACAGUCCCCUGAGGUCAUCACCUUACAGGAGGCAGAGCCCAUUCGAAUGCUGCGGAUCGAGGGGGAGCAGGAUCUCCCAGAGAUCAGUCGAGGAGACUUAGACCUGCUGAUUGCAGAGGAAGACGAUGCCAUAUUGCUAGAAGAACGGCGAAGACGCAGGCUCCUCCGGAGGCGGAGGGCUUCACCACCACUGGAUGAAUCCAAGGAAAAACCCCGGGCCCUGGAAGGUGAUGGUUUGGUUUCCCCGAUCUCGCCUCCAGCUCCUCCUGCACAGGUUGAAGAGACAAAAGAACCACUUCCAGGGCAGAUCUUCCCUCCAGAGGAACUGAAAACAACCGGCUGGGAGCCUGGGGCCCUACUCACUGAGGUGACCCCGCCUCCGGAGCUGCGUCUGCCGGCCCCACCGAGGACAGAGGAGAGGCUCCGAUCUCUCCAGAGGCCACUUCCCCGCAGGCGCCCCCGCCGGCGCCAGUUAUUCCUGGACAAGGAGACCCAGAUCACCCGGGAGAAGUUUGCGGAACAGCUGCAGCCCGAGGCUCACUGCUGGGAAUAUCCAGAGGUCCAGCUUCCCAAGACGAUGUUCAGAAGCCCAGCAGAGCUCUUCAGAACCCCAACUCUCUCUGGCUGGUUACCCCCAGAACUACUAGCUUUAUGGACCCAUUGUGCCCAGGUCCCCCCUCGAAUGCUCAGACAAAGACUACAACUGGAGACUGAAGAGACGGCUGAGGAAGAGAGAGCAGCAGACAGGGAAGAAAGGAGAAAGACUGAGGCUCUGAGCGAGAUUGAGGUCCUGAGGGAGGCCCAGGAGCCCAGCGGGCCCCUCAUGCUGUCGUCAGAGCUCUCCCUAGAAGCAGCAGAAGAGGAGAAGUCUCGAACGAGCCUCAUCCCCCCAGAAGAACGGUGGGCCUGGGCUGAGGAGGGGCAGCCAGAGCCCCCUGCGCUGCCCAUGCUGCCUGAACUUCCUGAAGUGCCUAUGGAGUUGCCCCCAGGGCCCGAACUGCUCUCUUCAGAGGCUGUGCUUAGGGCCGUAGCACUGGAACUACAGGCCAAUAGGGAACCUGCCUUCAGCAGCCUGGUGCCCCCUCUCAGUCCCCGAAAGCUGGCUUCUCGGGUCUUCUAUCUGCUCUUGGUGCUGUCCACACAGAAGAUCCUUCUUGUGGAACAACAGAAGCCAUAUGGGUGCCUCCUGAUUCAUCCUGGACCCAAUUUCCCCUGAGCAAGUUCAUUAAACCACAUCCUGCCUCACUGGA